GUAAUUUCCGAAAAUUAAUGGUUGACUUCCAAGCUGAAUUUUUUUUGAACCGGAGAAACCGAAACAGAAAUUCCACUCCAGCUCCCAAUCAUGGCGCGUUUUUCAUGGAAACUGUCGUUAGUCUUUCUGGUGCUAGCUUCAACAACCGCUGCAGCUCCAACAGCCACUACAGCUCCAACAACCACUGCAGCUCCAACAACCACUGCAGCUCCAACAACCACUGCAGCUCCAACAACCACUGCAGCUCCAACAACCACUGCAGCUCCAACAACCACUGCAGCUCCAACAACCACUGCAGCUCCAACAACCACUGCAGCUCCAACAACCACUGCAGCUCCAAAAACCACUGUAGCUCCAACAACCGCUGCAGCUACAACAACCACUGCAGCUCCAACAACUACAACUACAAGUAACAUGACCACAGCAGCAAGCAACAUGACUACCACACCCAGUAACAUGACUACCACACCCAGCAACAUGACUACCACACCCAGUAACAUGACUACCGCACCCAGCAACAUGACUACCACACCCAGCAACAUGACUACCGCUCCCAGUAACAUGACUACCGCACCCAGUAACAUGACUACCUCUCCCAGCAACAUGACCACCACAUCUACAACACUACCAGUGACAACAUCUGCCCCUGAACCCCGAUGGAAAGUGAAGAACAAAGCCGGAAAGCUGUGUAUGCUGAUGGACUUUGAUGGAACAAUAACAGACAUUGAACACGCCAACCAAGUAAAGAUACCUUCGUCUGCUUCCAUUGCAAAGUCCUCUUGUGAGUCAGCCGAUUCCUCGCAGUUUGUCGUCGAAUUUUCAGCAGAGGAAACUACUUUUUGGCAGCUGAUUCUGAACUUUACGACAGCAAAGAACUCUUACAAGCUGAGCAAAAUGACAGUGAAUUUGUAUCUAGAUUCAUCGCUAGUAACAUAUGGUUUCGAUGAGAAGGAGUUCCUCACUGUUCCGUUAGGUGACUUCUACAAGUGUGACUCCCUCAACGCUACCUUUGACUCGUUCGCAGUGAACCUGACCACGCCUACUUUCCAGCCGUUUGUCCAGCAAACCAAGGGAAAGGACAACUUGGGCAAAGAAUGCCAAUGUACGAACGGAUCUUCAGUAAACCAUACCAAUAUCAUCAUUGGAAUCGUCAUCGCGAUCAUCGUGCUUGCCGCCGCCGUCGGAGUGACGUACUACGUGGUGAAACGACGCGGAACGCCCUCCGACCCUCCUUAUGCUAGGGUUAAUUGAGAGACCAGAGGAGUCGCUCAAACUACUGGAUGUUUUUUUAAUAUUAUCCCCAAGCUUUGUACGAUACAGUCAAUCUGCUUUAAAGAUAAAAGUGAGGUGUGGUUAUCCGAUUCUCCCCAUCGCAUGCGGCUUUCUCAAUUCUAACACUUGCGCACUCUAUUUUGUGACAUACAAAUCGGCCAAUUUUCUGGGAAGGGUACUUUGGGGUUAAUUGCCCCUGAACACCUUUGUUGACAAUAUUUUGAUAGAAACGAAACGCAGCAUUGACAUUCUUUGAAACUAGUAAUGAGGAUGAAAUCUUGUUUAAACUCUGUUGAAAAAAUACCAAUAAUAAACACGUGCUAUGGUAAACAACCUUAGAAAUUCAAAAGAAAAAAACGCAAAUCCCUUCAGUUGAUAUGAAAAUCAUUUUCAGAGUAUAUUGUUUACACCAACAAAAUAGUACCACUAGUAAAACUGAAAUGAAAUAAAGAAGAGAGAUAUAUUAGAGAAUAGAUAUAUUAGAGAAUAUGUUAAAAAGUCAUUUCCUGAACUUUCAUGUUACACCUUUUUUUCAUUACAUGUUGCUACUGCUAUUGUAAUUUUAAUAUUUUCAUAUCUGCUAUAUCUUUUUACAAUGUAUCCAUUAUAUCUAGUAUGAUUUUAAAGGUAUUUGCAAUUCAGCAAUUCAACAGUGAUGUGUUUUUUUAAUAAACCUUUUUGAAUAAAAUUAUUAAAAACCAUUAGAAUGCUUGCUUAUGCACAUAUUUGAAGUUUAUGUUUCAUGCAUUGUUUACUCGGAUUUUUGACAUGGAUUGUUAUAAAGAAAACAGGUUUGUUAUUGUUUUGUUUUUAAUUGAAAAGUUUGAUUGAUAGUGCUUUAUGAGACAUUUACAUUAAAAGAGAAAUAAUAUUUUAACUUGCUUUUGUAGUUUCUUAAUACUCUUUGCAUGUGAUUUGUCUGUAUUUGUAAAUAUGUAUGUUUGAAAUCAAUUUAUCGUGACGUGAGAAUAAUUAAACUCAGUCUUUCUCAUCUAUUUUUCAUAAAUGUGAAUAUGAAUUUCUGUCUUUUCUGAGUGGUACAAUACCUGCUUGAUGCCUCAACUAUUUCUGAAGGUCUUUCAUCUGAAUACAUUUCAUUGCCUUGAAAGAAAUCGUCUUGUAUAUAAGAAUUUAGUGAUUUUUGAUAGGCCAUUUCUAUUCAACACUGGAAACGAUAGAAUUGGGAUGACAUUCUAUUCAGAAUUUCAUAAAUGCAAAGAAUGCAUAGCUACAGUGGGUAUUGUCAUCAAGAGUUUGGCCGACUUGGUUUCAGUUCCUCACAACAUGUCAUUAAUGUAGUAUUUUGUACUUUGCUUGCCUAACUAAUCAGGAUUCGCCACAUUUUGCCCAGUUCGAAUCAGGUUGGUAAAUGAUAGAAUUAGGAUGAUAUUCUAUUCAGAAUUUCAUAAAUGCAAAGAAUGCAUAGCUACAGUGGGUAUUGUCAUCAAGAGUUUGGCCGACUUGGUUUCAGUUCCUCACAACAUGUCAUUAAUGUAGUAUUUUGUAUUUUGCUUGCCCAACUAAUCAGGAUUCGCCACAUUGUGCCCAGUUCGAAUCAGGUUGGUAAACCCUACUAAUGAAUUGCUCUGUUGCAGGCUUGCAGCCAUUUAUUCAUCAAACAUAGAAUAAUAACUUGAUGGUGCAAUGGAUGAGAGAGCUUUCAAAUAUCCAUAUAUAAAUUGAAAAGGAAUUGUGUUUAUUUGGUGCUUUGAACAUUAUCAUUUUAAUUUCUCGUUUUUAUAUAUAUACAAAAUUAAAAAGAAUAAAAAAACAUCAAAAUUUUGAUCUUCUCAAAGGUGAAGUUAAGAGGCAUUUUGAUCAAGAGAGGUUCAUCUUUAUAAAAAAAAAAACAACAUAAGUGUGAUAAAUUUGACAAGAAAUGGGGAUUGUAUUUGGAUUAUUUUAUGCAAUAAGCUUCACCUGUGCUUCUUCAUAUGUUGUAUAACUUGAAUAUCUUUUCUGUGUAAAACCGUUGUAUCAACAUUGCAAAUUGAUAUGAAACUAAUAAAAGUUGUUUUGUUUUUCUCAGGACAAAAAAAUAUAGAAGAAUAACAAUUUUCCUGAUAUUUUGUUGCAUGCCAAAUGAAAAACGAGUUAGUGCAGUUAUUUCCAAUAUACAGUACCCACCCCGUAGUAAUAGUUCAGUACUAGUCCAUACUCUUUAUUUUAAUUGUAGAUUUUAUUGUAGUUUUAUGUUGUUGUUUGUUUGUUUCUUUUAAAUUUCAUUGAUGGAUUCUAUGAACCUUGUGGAGUCAUAUGUGAGAUGGGAAGCAAUCAGACGAACACUUAAGAUCAUUCAAUGAAAGAAAGAAAUAACCUUUAGGUGUCAAAAAUACCAAUCUGGCAUACAAAUCUAAAAAUGAAAAAUUAAACUUUGUACGAAUAAAAACCAGGAAAAAUCUCUCGGUUAGUGGAUUCCAAUGAAGCUUGUCCUUAGCCGUGCAUUCUUUUCUCCAUUUAGUCAAUAAUGCGUUGUAAAUAAGCUUCCUAUUAGAUCUAAUUCUGAUAUAUCUUUUUUUUUUCUUUUUAAAAUAUUUCCCCCCUCUUUUUAAAUAAUGUAUGUUAGCAAUAAAAAAAAAAUAGAAUCAUGUAAACUGGUAUGUGACUUUUUUCACAAUUCCAUUUAUAUCAUUUAAGGAACUACAGCAUAAUCAGACGUAUAUGUUUGUGACACUUUUAAUGAGGAAAGUUGAAGUAGAUCAAAUUUUGUUUGAUAUUUCCUUUUAACAGGUAUGAAGUUAAAAUAUAACUUGUGUAAUCGUUAUUUCAUGAUAUUGUAUAUGGACUGAUCUGAAUAAAGUUUAGGAAAGUUUUCAAAA